GAAAAACCUACUUUCGUAUUGACGCAUAAUCAUUCAUGACAUGAAGAAAAAGGAUCAACGCGCCGCAGACAUGGUUUCCUGUGCACCUAAGACUUGUUUAUUUCUGUCAUGCGGAAUAAACAUUUUUUUGGCGAUCUUCGUUAGUGUUUUAGCCAUUUAUUUUAAUAUCUUGGAUAAGGAAACCGUUGAAAAUAAGGAUGUUCCUAAGCCAUCGACCAAUAUUGCCCAAAAACUUCUUCAAGCCAAUGUUAGCCUUGGCGGGGAUCUACAAAGUUCUGUCUGUUUUAAUUGCGAUUAUUUAGGUGAAGAUGUAAAUACGAAUGAAACAUUGUAUGAUGAUAUUUAUACGACGGAUCGUCAAAAUAAACUGUGCUGUUUAAAGGACACGGCCAUUCAAGAAUUUAUCCGUGCGAUUCAGAAUGAAGACAACCACAUUGGUAACGCGAAUUCAGUCAGUGAUUCUUUUCAUUGGUGGAGAGCCCGUCCAUGCGCUGCACAUCUAUAUUUGGACCGGAAAAAGUCGAUCUCAAAGGAAAACAAACUUCGUUGGGUAGCUAGCGAUUUAUUCGGCACGGCAUUUACUAAGAAUAUAGAUCUGCAGAACGCGACCCACUUGCAAAUAAAGCAAAGCGGGAACUAUUUUAUAUAUUCCUCCACCACCUUCGAUCAUAGCAAAGACAUCUACGUGGAGACGUUUUAUCAGAGUCUGACCAAGUUUCACCCACUGUUGCCGCGGACGGGUGACGUUGACCUCGUGUUUAGUAAGUUUGGUGGCUCCAAAACAUCCGACAAGCAUCACACAAAUUUUCUGGCGGGAGUGUUCGAAUUGCAGCGCGGGUACCUGAUAUCGAGCUCUCUAUCCCAGAGUGCACACAACUUCCUCGAUCAAUCUAAUCAAGUAAAUAACUAUAUAGGGUUGUUCAAGCUGUGAGAUAUGGGGGAUACUGUGUUUGAUACUCAUUCAUUUUUGUGACGAUAAGAGUUUCACAUUUUUGAAAUCUCAAAACGUUGUUUAAAUAUAUUUGUUGUAUCUAUGUCUGUACAUUUUUUUAUUACACAAUAAACUAUUGUUUUAAUUUU